CCAAAUCAAAACAUUCCAGCCAGCCGUUGUGUGUUCUUCAAAAAACGUUACCAUUUCUGCUGUGUUUUACGUAUUUUGUCUUAAAAACCUUUGUUUGUGUCGUUUUACAACUUUCUCGUGGUCCGUUUUAUCCCGCUUCAAUGGCAACCGCAACCCAGAACGCCAUCACCCUCAAGGGAUCGGCCGCUAUCAUCGUCGAGUAUCUGAAUUACGGCAUCAACUCGAUCCUCUUUCAGCGGGGGAUCUAUCCACCGGAGCAAUUCACCAGCGUCCAGCAGUACGGGCUAACGAUCCUGAUGUCCAAGGACGACAAGAUUCAAUCCUUCCUGCAAAACGUGCUCUGCCAAGUUGAGGAUUGGCUAAGCCGCGGCGAGGUGGACAAAAUUUCUAUGGUCAUCACCAACGUUCACACCAAGGAGGUUCUGGAAUGCUGGGACUUCAAGGUGCAAAAUGAACCGGGCGAUGGGCCAAAAAUCGACCCCAAGAAUCCACCCACCUCUUCGAAGGAGCUGAAAAAGAUCCAGGCCGAAAUUCGGGACGUCAUGCGACAGAUUGCGGCCACCAUCAGCUAUCUGCCGCUGCUCGAGUACAUUUGCACAUUUGAUGUCCUGAUUCACACGCUCAAAAACUCGGACGUCCCGGACAAGUGGAACGAAACGGACGAGGUCAAGAUCCAGAACGCCCAGACGGUUCAGCUGAAGUCGUUCUCGACCGGCCUUCAUAAAAUGGACACAAUCGUCAACUAUAAAAUGACCGACUAGUUUGUGAUAUUGCGUGCUUAUGAUUCCAAAUUUUAAUGGUAAGACUUUUUCUGUAUACUAGUAUUAAUACUUAUAUC